UACGCAGCUGCGAUACUCACUGGGCUGACGGUUUUUUUGGUUUUUUUUUUUUUUGGUUUGCCGGCUCCGCCAUUUUUGAAGAGGAAAGGCCUAGGCAACUGCUGAGCCCCAGCUUUCCCUCACCCCGCCCUUUGGGGGCUCAGUUGAGCCCAACCCCCUUCCAGCUUCACCUAGCUUACCAGGGUUUGCAGAGGUGGUUCCUGCUGCCGCUGUCUUUAUUUCACAGGAGGCGGCCCCGUAGAGCUCUUGGUUGUUGGUGUCGGCCGCCGGAGCUAGGCGUAAGUCGCAGCGAACAGACCAGGCCGGGAUCUGCGAAACUGCUGUUGCGGGCUAAGAGGAGGUGACACAGUAGAAACGCACCGCGUGAAAACCACCUUAGUGAAGAGUUGCAUUCCGAGUGAAAACAUAGGUUAUGAAAUGGUCUGUGCAAGAUGGUCUGUCCUUGAAUUGGAGAUUUUUAAGGCUGACAUAUGCUGGUAUUUCAUCUCCUUUAAGUGGACUAUAAUUUCUUCUCUUACAACAGCUGCAUAAACAGACAAAAUAGCAAAGAUCUGUUCUCUGUUGAGUAUGACAGCCACAACUCGUGGCUCUCCAGUAGGAGGGAAUGACAGCCAGGGCCAGACUCCUGAUGGACAGUCUCAACCCCCAUUCCAACAGAAUCAGACCUCAUCACCUGAUUCCUCCAAUGAGAAUUCCCCAGCAACUCCUCCAGAUGAACAAGGUCAAGGUGAUGCCCCACCACUGCAUGAAAUUGAAGAACCUGUAUUUCCGCAUACUGACUUGGCAAAGUUGGAUGACAUGAUCAAUAGACCUCGUUGGGUAGUUCCAGUUUUGCCAAAAGGGGAAUUAGAAGUGCUUUUAGAAGCUGCUAUUGAUCUUAGUAAAAAAGGUCUUGAUGUUAAAAGUGAAGCAUGUCAGCGUUUUUAUCGAGAUGGGUUAACAAUAUCCUUCACUAAAAUUCUUAUGGAUGAGGCAGUGAGUGGCUGGAAGUUUGAAAUUCAUAGGUGUAUUAUUAACAAUACUCAUCGCCUAGUGGAGCUUUGUGUGGCCAAGUUGUCCCAAGACUGGUUUCCACUUCUAGAACUUCUUGCAAUGGCCUUAAAUCCUCAUUGCAAAUUCCAUAUAUACAAUGGGACACGCCCAUGUGAAUCAGUUUCAACAAGUGCUCAGUUGCCUGAAGAUGAACUAUUUGCUCGUUCUUUGGAUCCUCGAUCACCAAAAGGUUGGCUAGUGGAUCUCAUCAAUAAAUUUGGCAUAUUAAAUGGGUUCCAGAUUUUGCAUGACCGUUUUAUUAAUGGAUCAGCAUUAAAUGUUCAAAUUAUUGCAGCCCUUAUUAAGCCAUUUGGACAAUGCUAUGAGUUUCUCAGUCAACAUACAGUGAAAAAAUACUUUAUUCCAAUUAUAGAAAUAGUUCCACAGUUUUUAGAAAAUUUAACUGAUGAAGAACUGAAAAAAGAAGCAAAGAAUGAAACCAAAAAUGAUGCCCUUUCAAUGAUUAUUAAAUCUCUGAAGAAUUUAGCUUCAAGGAUUUCAGGACAAGAAGAAACGAUAAAAAAUUUAGAAAUUUUUAGGUUGAAAAUGAUACUCAGAUUGUUGCAAAUUUCCUCUUUUAAUGGAAAAAUGAAUGCCUUGAAUGAAAUUAACAAGGUAAUAUCUAAUGUGUCAUAUUACACUCAUCGGCAUGGUAAUCCUGAAGAGGAGGAGUGGCUGACAGCUGAGCGAAUGGCGGAAUGGAUACAACAGAAUAAUAUAUUAUCCAUAGUCUUGCGAGAUAGUCUUCAUCAACCUCAGUAUGUAGAAAAGCUAGAGAAGAUUCUUCGUUUUGUAAUUAAAGAAAAAGCUCUUACAUUACAAGAUCUUGAUAAUAUAUGGGCAGCACAGGCAGGGAAACAUGAAGCCAUUGUUAAGAAUGUACAUGAUCUACUAGCAAAGGUGGCUUGGGAUUUUUCUCCUGAACAACUUGAUCAUCUUUUUGAUUGCUUUAAGGCAAGUUGGACAAAUGCAAGUAAGAAACAACGUGAAAAGCUACUUGAGCUGAUACGUCGUCUUGCAGAGGAUGAUAAAGAUGGUGUGAUGGCACACAAAGUGUUGAACCUUCUUUGGAAUCUCGCCCAUAGCGAUGAUGUGCCUGUAGACAUCAUGGACUUGGCUCUCAGUGCCCACAUAAAAAUACUAGAUUAUAGUUGUUCCCAGGACCGAGAUGCACAAAAGAUUCAAUGGAUAGAUCGCUUCAUAGAAGAACUUCGUACAAAUGAUAAGUGGGUAAUUCCUGCACUGAAACAAAUAAGAGAAAUUUGUAGUUUGUUUGGUGAAGCACCUCAAAAUUUGAGUCAAACUCAGCGAAGUCCCCAUGCAUUCUAUCGUCAUGAUUUAAUCAAUCAACUUCAGCAUAAUCAUGCCUUAGUUACUUUGGUAGCAGAAAACCUGGCAGCUUACAUGAAUAGCAUGCGACCAUAUGCUAGAGACCAUGAGGACUAUGACCCACAAACGGUGAGACUUGGAAGUAGGUAUAGUCAUGUUCAAGAAGUCCAAGAACGGCUUAACUUCCUUAGAUUUUUACUGAAGGAUGGCCAGUUGUGGCUCUGUGCUCCUCAAGCAAAACAAAUAUGGAAAUGCUUAGCAGAGAAUGCAGUUUACCUCUGUGAUCGUGAAGCCUGUUUUAAAUGGUAUUCCAAGUUAAUGGGGGAUGAACCAGACUUAGAUCCUGACAUUAAUAAGGACUUUUUUGAAAGUAAUGUGCUUCAACUUGAUCCUUCUCUGUUAACUGAAAAUGGAAUGAAAUGUUUUGAACGAUUCUUCAAAGCUGUUAAUUGUCGAGAAGGGAAACUAGUAGCAAAAAGAAGAUCCUAUAUGAUGGAUGAUUUGGAACUGAUAGGAUUAGACUACCUUUGGAAGGUGGUGAUUCAAAGUAAUGAUGACAUUGCCAAUAGAGCUAUAGAUCUCCUUAAAGAAAUAUACACAAACCUUGGCCCCAGGUUGCAGGUUAAUCAGGUGGUUAUUCAUGAAGACUUCAUUCAGUCUUGCUUUGAUCGUUUGAAAGUCUCAUAUGAUACAUUGUGUGUUUUGGAUGGUGACAAAGACAGUGUUAAUUGUGCAAGACAGGAAGCUAUUCGAAUGGUUCGAGUAUUAACUGUUUUAAGGGAGUACAUAAAUGAAUGUGACAGUGAUUAUCAUGAGGAAAGAACAAUUCUACCUAUGUCAAGAGCAUUUCGUGGUAAACACCUCUCUCUUAUAGUUCGAUUUCCAAACCAUGGUAGACAGGUUGAUGACUUGGAUAUAUGGUCUCAUACAAAUGAUACCGUUGGUUCAGUACGACGAUGUAUUAUCAGUCGUAUAAAAGCAAAUGUAGCCCACACAAAAAUUGAACUGUUUGUGGGUGGUGAGCUUAUAGACUCUGAAGAUGAUAGAAAGCUAAUUGGACAAUUAAACUUAAAAGAUAAAUCAGUAAUUACAGCCAAACUUACACAAGUAAGUUCCAAUAUGCCUUCAAGCCCUGAUAGUUCUUCUGAUUCUUCAGCUGGAUCUCCUGGAAACCAUUGUAACCACUAUAGUCAUGGUCCCAAUCCAGAAGUAGAAUGUUGUUUGCCUGGAGUGAUAAUGUCACUGCAUCCUAGAUACAUCUCUUUCCUUUGGCAAGUUGCAGACUUAGGUAGCAAUCUGAAUAUGCCACCUCUUAGAGAUGGAGCAAGAGUACUCAUGAAACUUAUGCCACCAGAUAGCACAACAGUAGAAAAAUUAAGAGCUAUUUGUUUGGACUGUGCAAAACUUGGAGAAAAUAACCUUGGACCAUCUCUUGACUCACUUUUCUUUGGUCCUUCUGCCUCCCGAGUGCUAUACCUAACAGAGGUAGUUUAUGCCUUGCUAAUGCCUGCUGCUGCACCUUUGGCAGAUGAGUCCUCUGACUUUCAGUUUCACUUCUUGAAAAGUGGUGGAUUAUCUCUUGUACUGAGUAUGCUAACACGAAAUAACUUCCCACCAAAUACAGAUAUGGAAACUCGAAGGGGUGUUUACUUCAAUGGUCUUAAAAUAGCUAAACUAUUGUUAACUGCUGUAGGCUAUGGUCAUGUUCAAGCUGUAGCAGAAGCUUGUCAGCCAGUUGUAGAUGGUACAGAUCCUGUAACACCGAUUAACCAAAUUACUCACGAUCAAGCUGUUGUGCUUCAAAAUGCCCUUCAGAGCAUUCCUAAUCCAUUAUCUGAGUGCAUACUUAGAAAUGUAUCGAUACGUCUUGCUCAGCAAAUAUCUAAUGAGGCUUCAAGGUAUAUGCCUGAUAUUUGUAUAAUUAGAGCCAUACAAAAAAUCAUCUGGGCAUCAGGAUGUGGGGCAUUAGAGCUAGUAUAUAGCCCAAAUGAAGAAAUUACUCAAGUUUAUGAGAUGACCAGCAGUGCAAGCAGUGAGCCAGAUGUGGAAGAUGAACAAGUUUGCUGUGAAGCAUUGGAAGUGAUGACAUUAUGUUUUGCCCUAACUCCGACAGCCUUGGAUGUACUUAGUAAAGAAAAGGCCUGGCAGACAUUUAUUAUUGAUUUAUUAUUGCACUGUCCCAGCAAAACUGUUCGUCAGUUGGCACAGGAGCAGUUUUUUUUAAUGUGCACCAGAUGUUGCAUGGGAAACAGAUCUCUGCUUUUCUUCAUUACUCUGCUCUUUACCAUUUUAGGGAAUACAGCAGGGGAGAGAGGUAAACAUUCAGGUGACUAUUUCACUCUUCUGCGACAUCUUCUUAAUUAUGCUUACAGCACUAAUAUCAAUGUACCUAAUGCUGAAGUUCUUCUCAACAAUGAAAUAGAUUGGCUCAAAAGGAUUCGGGAUAAUGUUAAAAACACUGGUGAAACAGGUGUUGAAGAGCCUAUUUUAGAAGGCCACCUUGGGAUAACCAAAGAGUUAUUAGCCUUUCAAACAUCUGAGAAAAAGUAUCAUGUUGGUUGUGAAAAAGGAGGUGCUAAUCUCAUUAAAGAAUUAAUUGAUGAUUUCAUCUUUCCUGCCUCCAAAGUUUAUCUGCAGUGUAUGAGAAAUGGAGAACUGCCAGCUGACCAAGCUAUUCCAGUCUGUAGUUCACCAGCUACCAUCGGUUCUGGUUUUGAACUACUUGUAGCAUUAGCUGUUGGCUGUGUAAGGAAUCUCAAACAAAUAGUAGACUGUUUGACUGAAAUGUAUUACAUAGGCACAGCAAUAACUAGUAAGUAUUUUAACUUGUAA